AUGCCUAUGUUACAAGAUAUACUUGAUAAGGAAUUAAUGACUGAUGCAAAAAAACGACGUUUGGUUCUAUUUGGAACGCAUGCGGGUUAUGCUGGAAUGAUCGAUGGACUUCACGGUUUGGGAAGAAGGCUUCUAGGCUUGGGUUAUAAUACUCCAUCUCUAGACUCGGCAAAAUCCACUGUUAAAGAUAUAGGUGCUACAAUUGCUGAUGAAGGCCUUCCAAAUGAUUUUAGUCCUAUGACUUUUGUCUUUACUGGAACUGGAAACGUUUCUAAUGGCGUGCAACAAAUAUUCAAAUGUCUGCCGCACGAAUAUAUUCAAGUAAAAGAUUUGAAAGAAUGUGUCAUGACGCCUCACAAAUUUAGUAACCAUAAAGUAUACGGUUGUCAAGUGUAUCUUCAAGACUAUCUAAUUCGAACAGAUACUGGAAAAUUUGAUACAAAACGUCAUUAUUAUGAAAACCCUAGAGAUUAUAAAUCAUUAUUUCAUACAAAGAUCGCUCCGUACACGUCGAUGCUUAUUCAUGGUUCCUAUUGGGAUUCGCGAUUCCCUCGACUUAUUACCAAGGAACAACUUCGCGAGAUACAGGAAAAUUCUAAUAAUCGCAGAUUGUUGUGCAUCGCUGAUAUAAGCUGCGAUAUUGAAGGUGCUUUAGAAUUUUCUCAUUCGACGACCAUUGAUGAUCCAUUCUUUUAUUUUGAUGCUGUCAAAGAAAUGGAACAUAAAAAAGAUGAAGGUGAAGGGACACAAAUCAUGGCUGUAGACAUUCUGCCUACAGAAAUUCCUCUUGAAAGUAGUGAGCAUUUCAGCAGAUCACUCUAUCCAUUUAUGAAAGACUUGAUCAACGGAACUAUUGACAACAGUCCAGUGCUCUCUAACGCUACUAUCGCAAAAGAUGGUCAGCUUAUGGGUGCGCACACUAAAUUAUAUGAACUUUUAUUAAGAAAUAAUAUAUCUCAAAUUCAAGAAAUGGAAAUUACUUCAUCUUUUGCCAAUAAGCGGAAGUUGAAGUUGGAACCGAUUUUAUUUUUGUAA